UGAACCCCAUAGUGCCGCGAUUCCAUUCCCCAAUGUGGAAUUUGGUGAAACCUCUCCACUGUCGCCUCUUCUUUUGUUUUUUUUGUCCUUUGUGUAUAAUAGAAGCGCCUCUCUCUCUCUCUCUCUCUCUCUGCACCACUGUAUGUAGUAGUAAGUAGUAGACGAACUUUGUGAACUCUCUUCGUCUCUCUCAAAUUCUUCAGAUUCUUUCAGUUGGUGAAAAUGCCAGAGAUUCAAUUGGGUGCUCACACUCUCAGAUCUCAUGGAGCUAAAGUAGCAAGGAUACAUAUGCAUGACUGGCUGAUUGUUAUUCUUCUUGCAGUGAUAGAGGUCAUUUUGUAUGUUGUUAUAGAACCAUUUCACCGUUUUGUUGGAGAGGAAAUGAUGACUGACCUAAAGUACCCAUUGCAGGGGAAUACUGUUCCCUUUUGGGCUGUUCCGGUAAUUGCAAUACUAUUACCUCUUGCGGUGAUUGUUGUCUAUUACUUCAUUAGAAAGGAUGUCUAUGAUUUGCAUCAUGCUAUAUUAGGCCUUCUGUUUUCAGUACUUACAACUGCAGUUAUAACUGAUGCAAUUAAAGAUGCUGUUGGUCGACCUCGUCCAGACUUCUUUUGGCGUUGUUUCCCUGAUGGCAAAGGGGUGUUUGAUCCUGUCACGAAGAAUGUUAUGUGUACUGGAUUGAAAAGCGUCAUCAGGGAAGGACAUAAAAGUUUUCCGAGUGGGCAUACUUCUUGGUCCUUCGCUGGUCUUGGUUUUCUUGCAUGGUACCUGUCAGGGAAAGUCAGGAUGUUUGAUCACAAUGGCCACGUUGGAAAGCUUUGUAUUGUUUUUCUACCCCUGCUAGUUUCAGCUCUGGUGGGAGUUUCUCGAGUCGAUGACUACUGGCAUCAUUGGCAAGAUGUAUUUGCUGGAGGUCUUAUAGGGAUUGCGAUUGCUUCAUUCUGUUACUUGCAAUUCUUUCCACCCCCAUAUGACAUAGAUGGUUGGGGACCCCAUGCAUACUUUCAGAUGUUGGCAGAGUCCCGAAAUGCUACCCAGCCUUCAUCCACCCAGAUAAAUUGCCUUGGCAUACAGCCAUCGCAGCUUGAGAAUGUAUAUAUUGAAUCUCAUCAUGGCACGCCAACAUCACAAGUCAAUACUCGGGACACAAGCCGAACCCUGGACGCCAUGGAAAGCGGCAGGAGACAUUGACUCAGGUUUUGACUGUAGAGAAGAUAUAGAUACAUUUCCACAUGUGCAUACCUAGUAAGAUCAAUAGAAGUGUGUUGCUUUUUCAUCUGCAAAUACUAUAGGAACUUUCUGCAUGGAUCAUGUCGAUCGAUUAUACUUUUACCUCAGAUUAUAUGCGCAAUUAAAAUCGACAAUUUUUAGCUUGUAUGUCUCAUGUUCAUCUGUUUAUACUCCUGUUUCUUUUGUUUCUUCUGGUAUUGCUGCCGGUAUGAAUAAAAUUAGUUUGUGAA